AUGACGCCUUUGUGUUGGUACGAAUCUGGAGAGAGUGUUAUGGUUGGACCUGAGAUAGUUCAACAAACUACUGAUAAGAUUAAAAUGAUCAGAGAGAAGAUGGAGGUUUCUCAGAGUUGUCAGAAGAGUUACCAUGACAAGAGAAGGAAAGUCCUUAAGUUUGAGGUAGAUGAUCAUGUGUUUUUAAGAGUUAAUCUGGUAACGGGUGUUGGUAGAGCAUUGAAUUCGCGUAAGUUGACACCGCGUUUUAUUGGUCCGUACCAGAUUUCCAAGAAAGUAGGUGAUGCGGCUUAUCUGAUUACGUUGCCGCUGUCACUUGCUAAUCUCCAUGAUGUGUUUCACGUGUCUCAAUUGAGGAGAUACAUUGUGGAUCCUUCGCACGUUGUCCAAUUAGACGAUGUUGAGGUUAGAGAUCAUUUGACCGUGAAAGUCAUUUGGGGAGGACCGGUUGGUGGAAAUGUGACGUGGGAGCUUGAGAGUCAGAUGAGGCAUUCAUAUCCCGAGUUGUUUGCUUGA